AUUUGUCUAACAUUGUUUCACCGCGACUUUGAUUUCAUUUUGGUUCCCCUAAACAGACCCUUCGUUCUUUCUUCUUCUUCUUCUUCUUCGCAAGCAUCACAGGUGAAAGAAGUGGGUGGUGAAUCAUAAACUGAUAAACUGUGAAUCAGGGGAUUAGGGUUUGAUUUGAAGAAUGUGGCGUUCACAAGUAAGAUCAUUUGCUACACGCGCGGCUAACUCGCACCACAACAACCACCAUGAAAACCACAAAUUCCUGUCUCCACAUUCCUUUGUUGGAAGCUGGAAAGCUCCAAGGGACCCUAAGGAAGCCGAAGCACAGCUCGCUCAGCUUCGUAGAGAAUAUGCGAAACAGGUGAAAGAGGUUCGGAAGGAAUACAUUGUAGAAGUGGAAGCUAUGAGGUUGGAGAAGCAGCGGAAGGAUGAGGCUCGUAAGGAAGCACUUAGAGUUGCAAAUGAAGAGAGGAAGAAACUUAAGGCUCAGGAGAAAGAACUUAGAGCUCAGGAACGGAAUAUUGCUCAACAACAAUUUCGUGAAACCCUUUUGAAAGAAAGAGCAGAGAAACUUCAAAGUUGGAGAAUGCAAGCCAAAAAGCAUGAAGAGAAGAAAGCCGAGAAGAAAGACUUAUUACAUAAACGAAGUUCACUGUGGGUUGAUGAAGCUGAACUCGAGAAGGAAAUCACAAAUGUUGUAAUUGCUACAACAUAUCUUUGAACCCCUCGCAGUUUCAUAUCUCUACUGGUUAGUAGAAUUUUGUCCUAUGUUCAAAGAAGCCUCAGAAAUAAUUAUUGCAUCUAGAGUAUCAUAUUUGUGCUUAGCUGUUGUUCUACACAAGUUGCAUUACAGAGCAUGAACAUAAAUCUUUUGUUGGUUAUUAUUGAGAAUUUUGAAGAAAUACAUAGAAACCAUGCUCCAAUCUUUUAAGUGACUUGGUAGAACAAACAAGUGGUGGAUUUGAUGUAGAUGCUCUGCUGAUUGAAAACAUUGCAAAACAGUAGUUAUUUAUUUUAGUUUGUUUUGACAUUUUAUUGAUUGGAACGGGUUGUUUGGUUCAUA